ACUUAGCAUUGCAUGCAGUAGCUAUUAUUAAACUAGCGGACUAUUUACUAUCGUUUAUGUGACCGAUUUGAAAGAGUUUGAUACGCUGAACAACAUUGGUAGCUAAACAGCUAACGUUAGUUAGCAAGCAAUUUCAUAGCUGAUUUUGCCAUUGCGAGCUGAUAUCAGAACUUGCACGUUUUUGAUUGUUGUCUUGUCUUCUAUUUGUUUAGCCACGCAGAUGAUUAAAAAUGAAGCUGUCUCGAGCUGAAUACAAGGAGAUAGUGAAAUGCACCGAACAUUUGAGACCCACGCGUCAGUGUAUGACGAUACUGAGGCAAAGAUUUCCAAAUCACUCGCAGUCCACUCUUCUGAGCAUCUUCUCCCUGGAGUACCAGAAAAGGACCAAAAGAACCAUGUCAAGGCUUCAAGCCCCAGAUUGCAUUGAAAGCUACUACCAAAGGUACCUGAGCGAAGCCAAGGCACGUCCCUCUGUCCCUGUCCUUUUGGAGCUGGCCAAUGAGGUGGACCUCUCCCCUGCGCUCAUGGCUCGCGUCAUUGUGGACAGGUUCCUUCAGGAUCAGGAGGGCGGUGUGUCCUCCAAGCAAGUUGUCAACAACAUGCUACGGGAGCCAUCUUUGAUUCCAGACGAGGCUUUAGCCAAUCACGUCUACCAGUGCACAAUAAAUGACUGCUGUUAUGGACCACUGGUAGACUGCAUCAAACAUGCUAUUGGCCAGGAGGCCGAGGUGCUCCUACGUGACAAACUGAAGGAGAGAAACCUGUCCUUCUUAGAUGAAAACCAACUGCGAACCAAAGGUUAUGACAAGACGCCUGACAUUAUUCUGGAGGUGCCAAUCGCUGUGGAAGGCCAUAUUGUCCACUGGAUUGAGAGCAAGGCCUCGUUUGGGGACGACCACAGCCAUCGGACCUACCUGAACGAGCAGUUCUGGAGCUACUGGAACAGGUUUGGUCCAGGACUGGUCAUCUACUGGCAUGGUUUCAUUGGUGAGCUGGACAGCCAGAGAGACAGAGGCAUACUGCUCAAAGACUGCUUCCCGUCUGACAUUGUGACCCUCUGCCACGGGACCAGCCCCGCCACGACUGACUCACUGACUGGCUGACACUGGCCUGAGCAAGGGGAGGGAGAGGAGAGGGCAGGGGGAGUGGUGGGGUUAAGGAAGGGUAUCGCAGAGGUGGAUACGUGGAUCCGGAAGCAAUUUAGCUUUCCUGCGGCGCGAGACUACUGGCAAAUAUCUGCUCUGAACUCUAGAUGAACCUCCCUCCAUCCCCUCCUCUCCCAUUCUCUCUCUUUGUCAGCCAGCCAGCCAGGGUCAGGCUCAUACCUUGGUGCGAAAACAAGGCUGGUUUGUCCUGGUGCUGGUCAGCCUGUGGCCCCCACCGUGGCCCCGGAGGCCCCUGGAAGAACAGAACAGGACAUGAGAACAGGACAUGCCCUUAUCACACAGUGGGCCCUGGCCCUCGUCACUCGUUCCUCUGCUCUCCAUAGGCAGAUAAGGGAGGUGGGGUUUGGUGGAAAUGGGGGUGAGGGAGGAUGUCUAUCUACCUUCUACAUCACUCACUGCCCUCUGUCACUCUGUAGGGGGCAAACAGAUCCCUUCUGAUUGGCUUGGGACUUUUCUCUGACCUCAUGCCCUCUGGUAUUGAGGAUGUUGUCUUUGUUAUGAUAUGUCACGUUAAUAGGAAAACAUUGUCCUGGUCAAACAGGUUUAUAAAUCUAAACAUUUGUAUCUGUGUCUUUUAUGUCUAUCUGUCUUAAAUAUUUAGCUAUUGACUUAUGGACUUUAGGUUCAGUCCUGUUUGUAAUUGCAACCAUAUGGAAUGCACUCAUCACUGUAAUUAUUUAAGAUGAAUUAUGAAAUGUUAUUAUCCAAGUUUACGAACAGGCACUCGCACAAAGCACAGUACGAUAUGUCCUGUGCGAGACACAAGUACAAGUUCACAGAUGGUCUUAGAGCCACAGCAGCGUAGUGUAGACUUCUAUGUACAUACCUGAUGUCCAUGUGGUCUCCCCAGCAGUCGUCUGUUGCUCAUCUUUCCAUCCUUAGAUAGAUCCUUUUAUGAGCAGCUCUUAAUGGAAGAAACACAGCUGAGCCUGGAGCAGUGGCAUGAGCAGCGUGAAGUUGAAUGAUGUUUUUAAAGGCAUAUACAGUGCUUUCAGAAAGCAUUUAUACCCCUUGACUUAUUCCACAUUUUGUUGUUACAGCCUGAAUGAAAAAUGUAUUAAAUGUUUUUUUCCCACCCAUCUACACAAAAUACUCAUAAAUGGCAAAGUGAAAAGGUUUUAAAUUUUUUUUUGCAAAUGUAUUAAAAAUCAAAUAAAUAUCUCAUUUACGUAA